AUAAAGCGUGAUUGCUCCAUCAUCUUCCGACCAUCCCGAUUCCUUAUGUGAGUAGUGGUGUUGGUGUAACUCACAUACAUGUCCAAAUGGGGAAAGUAAUUAUCAAAAUCGAUUAAGACAUUGGCUUUUUGUAUAUAUCGAAAAACCCUACACUAAAGUUAUCAUCUUUUUUGUCUUUACUUCAACACUAACCAUAGACACAGCUGACAGCCGAAUAGCUCUCUUCUUGCUUGCAGAAGCAAUGGCCCUCAAAAUCAAAUCCCGCUUAGUAGACCAGCCUCCUUCUGCAUCGUCCUCUGAAGAUCAAGAACUGGUGGAGGAAUCCCAUGAAGAAGAACAACAACAAUCGGGGGAGGGGGAAGGAGAAGAAGAAUCAGGGGAAGAAACUGAAGAACCCAAGACAGCUCAUCCAGUUGUAAAGAGAUUCCUCACUCAGAAACUCCAACUUUCUUCUGAGUCCGGCAGCGAGAAUGGGUCAGGAUCCGAAUCGGAAGCCGAAUCGGGCCAUUCCCUGCCUUCCCCUUCUGCAUCGGACUUCACCGUCAAGCCCAGUGUUCCUGCUAAAGCUGCUGCCCCAUCGAAAUCAGUAGCAAAGAGGCCGCAAAAGGCCCAGAAAGAAAAAGGGAGGAAGAAGCCCAAGAUUGCAGAAGAAGAGGAGAAAAAAUCAGCUGCUACUCCUCGAUUUCUUUGGAGCGAUGACGACCAGCUUGCUCUGCUCAAAGGGAUUGUUGAAUACAAGGAGGUAGAAGGAAUGGAACCUAAUGCCGAUAUGUCUGCGUUUCAUGAAUUCAUCAAAGGGAAGUUGCAGGUUGAAGUUUCAAAGAGUCAACUCAGUGAAAAGCUAAAGAGGUUAAAGAAGAAAUUUUUAACUAAUGUGAAAGGUGGUGAGGAGCCAGUUUUCAUGAAGGAUCAGGAUUUUUCAGUUUUUCAGCAUUCAAAGAGGAUUUGGGGUGCCCCUGGAACAAGUAAUGGAGUUAAGGAGAUUCUUACCAAUAGCACUAAUGGCAAAGCUAAAAAGGCUGUUGAGAUUAAGAAGAGUUCUGAACCUAAGGAAAGUGCUAAAGUUAGCAAACCCAAGGAUGAUGAGAAACAUAAGGAAGUAGAGGAACAGGUUGCUGUAAAAGAGGUGGUUAGGGAGGAUAUAGUUAAGGAUGAUCACCAGGAUUUCCAGUCCGAAUAUCCAAGAUUGGCUGCAUCAUUUGAAAGUAUGGCUGGCAUGUCUACAAUGUAUCCAAAUGGUACAAGUUUUUUGAAGGAGAAGUUGAGUUUGAUUGCUACUGACAAGGCUAAAGAGUUGGAGGAGAAGUGGAAGAAACUGGAGGAUGAUGAAGCUGCCUUGAUGGUGAAGCGCUUAGAUUUCAUUGCAGAGCAUUACAGAUUGGUGGUUGAUGCAAUGAGAGUGUGGUAUGGAGUGAUUGGCUCUAUUUAGGGAUUGCAGUGAAAGGCCUACACAUUCCUAUCAUACAAUGCCAUGCAUGGUGGAAGCAAGCUUAGGAACAGCUGAAGUGGAAUGUCUGGAGACGUUCUGGUUCAUCCUUUGUAAUAUGUUAUUUCCUAUUCGAGAUGGAAAUAUAUUUAAAUGCGAUCUUUCUCAGUUCUUGCAGUUUAUGUUGA